CAAAAAAAUUGCAGUCGAUCGGCGCAAAAAUAUAAGGUGCCGUCGAUCGACCCAUAAUUAUCGAAUUCCGUCGAUCGACCCAAAAGCAGAUGCGGACGAUCGACCCAAAUUGGGAACAAAGCUCUCUCCCGCUGGUGCCUUCCCUUCUCGGAGCUUCUCCGGAACAUGAAUCCGGGCCACAAGACGCUGAUGAGAAAGAUGGAAGACAGAUGCUAGGGCAAUUAUAGGGGGGUGUGGGGCCCGGCAGAGAACGAGGGAUGAGCGGCCGAGUUGAAGAAGAUGCGGAAGCUAUGACGGUGGGUCCUGCUGUGCCCGAGGCAGGCGGGGUUGGCGGAACAACGGGGACGAUAAAGACGCUGAAGACGGUGCCGUCGAAGACGGUGGAGGCGGUGGCGGGGUUGUCGGCGGGGUUCUGCACGACGCUGCUGGCGCACCCGCUGGACUUCGUGAAGCUGCGGUUGCAGUUGGACACGACGUCUGCGUCGCAGCAGCAGGCGGUGGGCCGGAUCUACCGCACGCUAGUGGCGGCGUCCACGGACGCCGCCACGGGGCAGGUGUCUGUGCCCCGGUUCCUCGGGAACGUGUACCGCGGAGUGGGUCCCAACUUGCUCGGGUCGACGUCUGCGUGGGCGCUCUACUUCUACUUCUACCGGCAGUACAAGAACCUGGUGCUGCAGUACGCAGACCUGGACCGGGACAGCUCGCUGCAGUCGUGGCACUACCUUCUUUCGGCGUUUGCCGCCGGGUGGACGACGUCGGUGCUCACCAACCCCAUCUGGGUCAUCAAGACCAGGAUGAUCUCCACACAGCGGACGGCGCCGGGCGCCUACCGCUCCGUGCUCCAUGGCCUGCGCCAGAUCUACACGGAGGAGGGCGUCCUCGGCUACUACCGCGGGCUCACCCCGGCGCUCUUCAACGUCGCCCAGGGCGCCGUGCAGCUGUCGCUCUACGACAUCUUCAAGCGCCACCUCGUCGACCGCAACAACAGCAACACCGCCGCCGACGACCCCGCAGGCCAGCGCUUGACCACGCUGCAGUACUUCUACGCCAGCUCGACCUCCAAGAUGCUCUCCACAGGCGUCUUCUACCCGUUGCAGGUCGUGCGUUCGAGGCUCCAGGUCGUCCACCACACCCACCGUCUCCAGAGCGUCACCGCCCUCUGCGCAGAUAUGUACCGCCGCGAGGGCCUGCGGGCCUUCUACAAGGGCUUGCUCACCAACCUGCUGCGGGUCGUCCCCGCCACCUGCACAACAUUCCUCAUCUACGAGAAGAUGAAGGAGUACCUCGGCGCCUAGCCCGCCCACCAUACCCUACUAUUCUGAUCUGUAUACUCUUUAAUCCUGUACAUACAUCCAUCUCUCCCC